GGCUGGUGGCUCCUGCCUCGGUGGCGCACACGAGACCCGAGCGCGGCCGAGGUUAGAUCGCGCCGACGGAGCUGUUCACUCUGCUGUGGUGCUGAAACUCCGCGUCCCCUCUUCUACUGCCGCCGCUGCUGCCGCUACCGCUCUCCUCCUCUCCUCCCCUUCUGUCAGUACAUUGAUGAUAUUUUGGGAAAGGAUUAACACCGUCCCCUGUGACUGCUUAGGUGCAAACUUCUCCCGAGGACAACCCACCACAUCCACAUCGGAAAUUACUCCACCAGCCGUGGAUUUGACCGGACACGCUGCUUGAGAUUACCAUUAGUUUUGAGUUGAGAAGUCUUAUCUCGUGUGGAUUAUCUCUCCUGGAUGUUUUACGUCUGGACACACAGGAAAAGACCAAUGAAGACAGCCAGAUGGUGGUUGGCGUCAAUUGUACUGUUGGGGCUCGCUGUGCUGGGCGCCAACGGGGUACCCAACAAGGAAGGAUUUGGGUCGCCACCCUAUCGACCAGUCGUGAGAUUCCGACACAAGGAUGGGAUCCCUGAGAGCCUGAGGAUAAAAGGUUUUAUGGGACAUAAUGGCUAUCCAGGUCCUUGUGAACAUAAGUACUGUGGCUUGGGACGUCACUGUGUGGUCAACCAUGAGACCGGCCAAGGAGACUGUAAAUGCUUGGAUCACUGUAAACCGCACUAUAAACCUGUGUGCGGUUCAGAUGGGAAGCUUUACCAGAACCAUUGUGAGCUCCAUCGGGCGUCUUGUCUCAGGGGACGCAAGAUUACCAUCAUGCACAGUGAGGAGUGCUUCUACAAAGAUGAUAAUUGCCGAUUGAGUGAUUACCGUCGUCUGAAAACCAAGAUUCUAGAGCUGCAUGACAAAAGAUACAUGGGGUCUGCAGUCCGCGGGAGCCACAGGGACAACAUGGCCGCCAAGAAGCAGCUGGUCGAUAUGAUGUUCAAGCGCUUUGAUGCAGAUAACAGCGGUCAAAUAGAUGCCGGAGAGCUUUCACAGGUCAUCAAACAAGAGGGUUUGACCAAGGAAAAGUCUGAGUGCACACUGUUUGACCUGCUCAAGUACAACGACAUCAACGACGACGAGCAUCUGACAAAGGAGGAGUUUUACACAGCGUUUGAUGUGUACCUACUUAACCUUCCAGAUGACCAGAAGGUGAGCGUCACCACAGUAACGGUUGGACAGAGUGUGGUGCUGACUUGUGCCAUCACAGGGGAACGCAGACCUCCAAUUUUAUGGAAAAGAAACCAUCAGUAUCUGAACUCAUUGAACCUGGAGGACAUAAACAUCCCAUCGCAGGACUUUGGGGAUGAUGGCUCGCUGUACAUCACCAAAGUGACCACAACCCACAUGGGGAACUACACCUGCCACGCUGAUGGCUACGAAAAACUGUUCCAGACCCACACUCUCCAAGUGAACGUCCCUCCUGUUAUCCGAGUGUACCCAGAGAGCCAAGCCAGGGAGCCAGGCGUCACUGCCAGUCUGCGCUGCCAUGCCGAGGGGAUCCCCAGCCCCCAGCUGGCCUGGCUGAAGAACGGCAUGGACAUCGCAACCAAGCUGUCCAAACAGCUCACCCUGCAAGCUAAUGGAAGCGAGGUGCACAUCAGCAACGUUCACUUUGAGGACACCGGCGCCUACACCUGCAUUGCCAAAAAUGAGGCUGGAGUGGACGAGGACAUCUCAUCGUUAUUUGUGGAAGACUCUGCGCGCAAGACAUUGGCAAACAUUUUGUGGCGAGAAGAAGGUCUUGGCAUUGGCAACAUGUUCUAUGUUUUCUAUGAAGAUGGAAUUAAAGUCAUUCAACCUGUGGCCUGUGAAAUACAGCGACAUAUUAAGCCCAAUGAGAGGCUGCUGGCUCUGCAGGAGGAGGUCUGUCCCAGUUCAACAGGGGAGGCGACCCAGAGAUGUGUGUGGUCAUCAGCGGUCAACGUCAAGGACAAGUUUAUUUAUGCGACUCAGCCAACCUUGGACCGAGUGCUCAUAGUUGACAUCCAGUCCCAGAAGGCUGUCCAGACUGUCAGCACCGACCCUUAUCCCGUGCAGCUCCACUAUGACAAGUCACAUGACCAGGUGUGGCUGCUCAGCUGGGGAGACAUGGAGAAGAACUUCCCUACGCUUCAGGUGAUCAAUCAGGCCAGUGGACGAGUGUCCCACCACACGGUCCACACUCAGCCCGUGGGCAGACGCUUCGACCGGGUGGACGACUUCUUCAUCCCCGCCUCCAGCCUCAUCAUUAACCACGUCAGAUUUGGCCUCAUCCUUCAUCGAAAUGAGCCUGUCCUCCACAAAAUCGACCUGGAGACGACAUCAUACGUGAAAAACAUCAGCUUACAGGAGUAUAACUGCAUCCCCAAGUCUGUGGCCUACACCCAUCUUGGCGGUUACUACUUCAUCAACUGCAGGCCCGACUCCACCGGCGCAACACAGCCCCAGCUCAUCUUGGACAGCGUGACCGAUAGUGUGAUCGGACAAAACCGCGACGUCACCGGCAGUCCCUACGUAUCUCCAGACGGUCACUACUUGGUCACUGUCGACGAUAGCGACGGCCUGAUGAGGAUCCAGACCAUCACGGAGCGAGGGCAGAUCCAGGAGCCUUUCGACAUCCACACCAACCUCCACCUGUCCGACCUGGCCUUCCAGCGCUCCUUCACUGAGAUCCACCAGUACAACAUGUUCGGCAGCUCGGGCCGGCAAACCGACGUCCUGUUUGUGGAGCUGAGCACCGGCAAAGUCAAGAUGAUCAAGAGUUUGAAAGAGGCGACCAAGCCAUUCGAGUGGCCGUGGAGCAGCAGGAACAGGGUCAUGGUGAGCAGCGGACUGUUUGGACAGUACCUCACGACCCCGUCCAGAGAGUCCCUCUUCAUCCUGGACGGACGACUCAACAAGCUCAACUGUGAGAUCACCGAUGUCCUCAAAGGAAACGUGGUGGUGUGGGUUGGGGAUUCUUAGGUCAUACGUCGACACCCAAUGAGCUUUGUUUUCCUCAAAGGUACUGUUGCACUGAAUUCUGUUGCAGAUUUUUUAAUUUUAUCGGAGCGAGACAUGAUAACAAAACCAAAUUGACCAUUUAAGUCCAAUGGAAGAGGGACUGCCAUGUAAAAAACAAAAAAAACAAAAAAAGAAACAUAAUGAUAAAAAAAAUGCAGUGGAUUUAACUAUGAGUAUAACCCUAAGGCUAAGUCUGAAUCAGUUUUUUCCCCAUAAAGCUGCUUGAUGGUACAUUUGGUAUGACUAAAUAUGUGAAACUUUGCAUAAUUAUUCAGUCGGUUGUAUUCAGUGUGUGGGAAUGCUGUAGAUAAUCUUUUAACAAACUAAUACUUAAAUGAAUUGGCAAAAAAGACAUCCAUAUAUAUACUGUAUAUGUCCAGUAAUUUCAGUUUGCCCAUCCCCGACUUUUUCCUGUGCCUUCAAGGAAAAUUCCGCUCCAUCAGAGGAAUUAGCGUAAUUAUUCCCAGUGUGACUGCAGACUACACCUCUUUCUUUGACCCCUCCAUUUGUGAUGAGUGUGGUUCCUCGCAAAUCUCCCGCUCUCUUCUACGAGUCCGUCCGACGCUGCCGACUUAGUCUAAUUAAAACGAGCCCUUACUGUGAUCCCAUCCUGUUUGAAGUGGAGACUGAGAGACAGAGUGGUUCAUUACAGUUGUGCGUUCGGUAACCUUUGAUCUGAAAUUAUAACCAGCGUUGGAAGGUUUGCAAUGAUUUUCUUUUUUUUUUUUUUUUUCUUUAGUCCAAAGCUGAACAAUUGGAAGUCAGUGGUGAUAGUUACCAGCUUUAUACACUUACACAUUGUGAAAUGUAGGUAUUUCAGAUGUUCUUAGCGACGAGUCAAUAGAGCACUUGUAUGUGAAGAAAAAACCUUCUCAAAAUUUAACCAUGUUUGGACCAACAAAAGAUGAGUAAAAAGCAUCUUAGACUGUAAUUGAGUGGAUGCGGAGGACAUGCUUUGUCUGCUCUGUCUGACAGCGCAUUUCAAGUUGAUGUUUUAAUGUGAAGUAAUGAGCUAGCUCACAGGGGAGUGGGUAGUUUGUGGUGUUUGCGUAGAGGGUCUUUUGAGGAUGAGCUUUGAAUAAAACAAAUCUUUCUGCGGUAGAUUCGUAGCUGUGAGAAAUCUGACAUAGUUGGCAAGUCGAUGGAAAACUGUUUGCUAGCUGGACACAUUUCUAUGCAUCUUCACCCUAGCACUCUAUGACUCACAAUGGGCAAAUGUAUCUCAAAUUUAGUAUGGACUUUUGAUGUGUACAGAUUACAUAAAGUCACCUUGCUUUUCCUUUCCUUGCUGUUAAGGCAUACGUUUUAGUUCUAGUCUCAUUUAAUCCUUUUCUUUCCUGUCUCAUGUUGUUUUCCAGCCCUUAAACUCAACAGUACUGCUGAUAAGCUUUUUUUCUCUCUCUGUUCUGUACAUAGCAGCUGACUGUGAAUCCAUUAGGUUUCCAUUAAUGUACAGAUUUAACACAUUUCUGUUGACUUUCCGAUGACACUCCUUUUUAAGAAAUUAAAAAAAAAACAAACAGCUGUCAUUCUUGUCAUCUUGUACCAAGCACAUUGUGAUCACUUCCACCUUCAUAUAGCCAUGUCCUGUAUGUUCCUUCAUGUGACUGUAAUUUAUAUAGAGAAAACACGUUUGUCAUUUUACCCAACAAUAAAACCUAUACCAUGGAAA